AUGAUUCCUAUAAUCAAGUACUUGCUACAUGAUCAACUACCAUCGGACAAAGAGGAAACAAGGUGCUUAAAGAAAAGUUCAACAAGGCAUCUUAUUGUGGCAGACAAGCUGUAUAAGAUGGGAAGGACAACCACUGUGUUACGCUGCAUUCCAGAAAAAUACAUGAGGCUAAUAAUCAAGGAGAUGCAUGAAGGACCUUUCCGAGUAGCAGAGAAACUCAGCAACGGGGCUUACAAGUUAAAGACACUAGAGGGCGUAGAAAUUCCUAGGACCUGGCAUGUAUCUAGUCUUAGGACGUAUUUCAGCUAA